AUGCCAGUGUCAAUAGGCGACGAUUAUUCGUAUUCGCCACGGCCCUUUGACGUGGCGUCUGCUGCUGUUGCCCUUCCGACCGUAUCGGCCCCGGCACCGGGGGUUGUGGGGAUGUCGCCACCUCCCGCACCUCGAUCUGCGCCAUCAUCCGUGACUCAGGCUGGCCCCAUCCAUGCGCCUGCUGUGGCGCCAGCUCCUGUUGUGGCGUCGUUGGCUGCGCCUGCCGUGGCAUCUGAUCCGGCGCCUGCGUCGGCGUCUGCUCCCACGCACGCCUCGGAGCCUGUUCCUGUGCCCGCUCAUGCACCUGCCGCGACGUUUGAUCCUGCGCUUCCUCCCGCGCCUGCGCCGGUGGUUCCACUUGUCUCCGUGGCGGUGUCUGUACCCGCGCCUGUUCUCGCGGCCUCGCCUGCGGCUGUUGGGGCAGCCUUCGUGCCGCCUCGGGCUGCGCCCGCCGUGGCGCCUUCUGCUGCUGUGGCGGAACCGUCUUACCAGCCACCUCUAGCCACCAGCGCCGGCCUGAGCCUGGCAGAGGUGCAGUCGACGCACUUGUGGCGUCUCUCGGAGAGCCUUCUGGCGCUCCUUCUGGUGCAGGUGACUGCACACGCGUCUCUUGUACCCGUCCCUGCAGAUUCUCUUCUGGAUGGCCCACGGGACGACUGCUUGGACGCGGCGGACGAGCUCGCCCUCCUCUUGGCGCCCGUGUUGGCUGCGCCCGCGCGGGGAGGCGUUGCUGCUGUGGGACAGCUUGAUGCGGCUGUCCGAGGCCUGUGGCGGUCCUUGCGUGCUGGCUCAGGAGCCGAGGCGAUCGCCGCAAGUACCUUGGUGGUCCGAGAGGUGUGGCGGACUCUGUCGGGCCUUCUUGCCGCUCUUGAGGCGGAUCGGAUGUAG